AUGACACUCCUCUGCAUGCGUCUUUUUCUUUUGCUUCUGCUUGGUUCGUGGUGGCCAGACUCAGGGAAGAGAGUGGUGGCAGCUGCGAAGGUCAGGGAGCACUAUAUAGCUGCUCAGCCCACCAGCUGGACCUACAAACUGGAAUCUGAGGAAAAGUCCAGAUUGGAACAUUCAAAUCCUGUCUAUAAGAAAAUUUCUUACAGAGAAUAUGAAGUGGAUUUUAAAAAAGAAAAGCCAGCAAAUGCAUUCGCAGGUCUUCUGGGACCAACUCUACGUGCUGAAGUGGGAGAUACUUUAGUAGUUCACCUGAAGAAUAUGGCUGACAAGCCAGUCAGUAUUCAUCCCCAAGGCAUAGUUUACAACAAAAAUGCAGAAGGCUCCCUGUAUGAUGACAGAACAAUACCUGCAGAAAAACGAGACGAUGCUGUACUGCCAGGCCAGGUCUACACAUAUGUGUGGGAUGUCACAGAAGAAGUUGGCCCAAGAGAAGCUGACCUGCCUUGCCUUACUUAUGCAUAUUAUUCUCAUGAGAACAUGGUAAUGGAUUUUAACUCUGGUCUGAUUGGAGCACUGCUUAUUUGUAAGAAAGGAAGCCUAAAUGAGGAUGGGUCACAGAAACUUUUUGACAAGGAGUAUGUACUGAUGUUUGGUGUGUUUGAUGAAAACAAGAGCUGGCAAAAAUCAGCAUCACUCAAGUACACAAUUAAUGGCUAUACUGAUGGAAUGUUACCAGAUUUAGAGGCUUGUGCAUAUGACAACAUCAGCUGGCAUUUGAUAGGGAUGAGUUCCAAGCCAGAAAUUUUCUCCAUUCAUGUCAAUGGCCAGUCCAUGGAGCAAAGACAACGCCGGGUCUCUGCUGUUAACCUGGUGGGAGGAUCGUCAGCCACAGUAAACAUGACAGUGACUGAGGAAGGAAGGUGGCUGAUAUCAUCUCUGGUUCAAAAGCACCUGCAAGCUGGAAUGCAUGGCUACCUGACUGUGAGAGACUGCGGGGACAAGGAGGUGAAGAAGAGUCGCCUCUCCUACAGAGAACGCCUUAUGGUCAAAAACUGGGAAUACUUCAUUGCUGCAGAAGAAAUUACCUGGGAUUAUGCCCCAAAUAUUCCAAAUAGCCUCGACAGACACUAUAAAGCACAGCAUUUGGACAACUUCUCAAAUCUCAUAGGUAAAAAGUAUAAAAAGGCUGUUUUUAGGCAAUACACCGAUGCCAGCUUCACUAAACGUCUGGAAAAUCCUCGUCCCAGGGAAACUGGAAUCUUGGGCCCUAUUAUCAGAGCUCAACUCAAUGACAAAGUUAAAAUUGUGUUCAAAAAUAAGGCCAGUCGACCCUACAGCAUUUACUUCCAUGGUGUGACCCUCUCAAAGAAUGCAGAAGGAGCUGAUUAUCCUCUGGAUCCCAAAAGCAAUAACACCCAGAGUAGAGGAGUUGAACCAGGGAUGACAUACACUUAUGAAUGGAAAAUUGCCAAGACAGACCAACCUGCCACACAGGACGCACAAUGUAUUACAAGGCUCUACCAUAGUGCUGUAGAUGUUGAGAGAGAUAUAGCAUCUGGACUGGUUGGCCCUCUUCUGAUUUGUAAAAGUGAAGCACUGACACAGAAGGGUGUACAGAAAAAGGCAGAUGGGGAGCAGCAGGCAAUGUUUGCUGUGUUUGAUGAAAACAAGAGCUGGUACAUAGAGGAUAACAUCAGGGCCUACUGCAGCAACCCUGCCAGUGUUAAAAGGGAUGAUCCCAAGUUCUACAACUCAAACAUAAUGCACACAAUAAAUGGCUACGUGUCUGACAGCAGCGAAAUCCUUGGCUUUUGCCAAGAUCACGUAGUUCAGUGGCACUUCUCCAGUGUUGGCACUCAUGAUGAGAUUGUCUCUGUUCGCCUUUCUGGGCACUCUUUUCUGUAUCAAGGGAAAUAUGAAGAUGUGUUGAACCUUUUCCCUAUGAGUGGAGAAUCGGUCACAGUGGAAAUGGACAAUGCUGGUACUUGGCUUUUAGCCUCCUGGGGUACCCCAGAGAUGAGUUAUGGCAUGAGGCUGAGAUUCAGAGAUGCCAGAUGUGAAUAUGAAGAAGAUUACACAUUUGAUGUUAUGGAUUUAACUCCCACCAAGACUGAUAGAAAGGUUGUUACCAUCUCAUCUGAAGAAGCUGUGGAAGAAGAAAGAGAAGAAGAUAGGGAAGAUUUGGAUUAUCAGGAUUACUUGGCAUCUUCUUACAACAUCCGAAGCUUGAGGAAGGCAACAGAUGUUGAAGAAAAACAAAACCUUACAGCACUGGCCUGGGAACAGUAUGAUGGCACUGAUGGCAUGAGCUCUGAGGUGGCAGCUGGCUCAGAUGUGAUAGCUAGAAAUAGUAGCAAAUCUGCAGACACCUCGAAGUUCUCAAAAACUCCUAUCACUCCUCUCCCCCAAAUUGGAGCUGCAAUACUGCAGCCAAAUCACACAUCAGUCACAGCAGAAGAGGACUUAUUUUUAGCUGCCGCAAGAGAUGGAAAGGGUGACUUGAUAUUAGAGAAUAGAAACCAAAGCAAUUAUGAAAUAAAUCACUGUAACACGUCUGCAGAUGAACACUUGCUGAGCAGUGGGGAAAGCCAAAUGAAUAUUGCAGAAGAGCUUCCAAUUGAUGGGCAGGACAAUAUUGUUUUUUCAGAAGAGCAUGGAGAGGAAAGCACAGGAACUGCCACCAUUAGCAGUGAAAGGAAAAGGCGAAGCUCACUGGCCAUGAAGUUUUACUCUGUCCAGAAGAUGACUGCCCUUCUAAAUCAUGUAAGGAAUAAAAACGUUUCAUCUUCUGACAUAAGCAGUGCACCUCAUUCUUUGGAGCAUGCAGAGAACACAUCCAAUACAGACAUGGUGGAAAGUGGCCAGCCUCCAAAUGAUUAUGUCGAUGAACUAGAAGAGGAGGAAACCCAGAUGGAGAAUUCCUCGCGUCCAGUUAAUGUGACACAUGAUUUGGACCUCCUCACAGGAGAUGGAUCAAAUGCAUCCAGCCUUUCUGAACCCAAGCUAUCCAAAAACAAACAAACAGGCACUUUUUCAUUAGAGAAUAGAUUAGGAAAUAUAAGCCCUUACUCCAACCCUGCACUAGCGAAGAAUCUACUAGAAGCACCAUUGCCCAGGGCUGGGAAAUACUCAUCUAAAAUGACAUCUGAUGAAUGGAAUUUGGUGUCUGCAAAAGAGAGUCUGCCAUUAGAGGCAAAUUUAGGUAAAUCUGUUAGUGGUAAGUUAAAUCAUCAUGGUGGAAAUGGUACAGCACUCAUAAAUAAGAAGCAAAUGAGGAAGUAUGAAGAGUUCCCGUAUCUAAUGGGACAAGAACAGAAAGCGAGCCACAUACACCCAGCUAUGAAAGGAGAGGAGAGGAGCAAGAAUGAUACUUCAAGUGCAUCUGGAUCCUUCAUCAAGAUCCGAAGGAAAAAAACCCAAUAUCCAGAAAUGACUCACUUGCUGAGCCCAAGGAGUAAAAAACCCCAAAACAUCACCAAUUCUAUGGCAGCCUUUGGCCACACCUUGUUUCCACGUGAGACCAACCACACAACACUGUCAUGUUGCCCUAACACCACAGGGGCACUCAGUGAGGCCAAACACACAGUGGAUCUGAGUAGAGUCAGGGAUAGAGAGUCACUAAAUUACACACUCACCCCACGGCAGUUUAAGCCAUCGAUAACAAUUGGCCUUCCCCAAGAAAAUGGAGACUAUGAAUAUGUCACAGAAGGAUUUUACAAUGAGGAAACAUCAGGUAGUGAAUACGAAUACAAUUAUGUCACCUUCUUUGAUCCAUACUUGACAGACCCAAAAGUGAACACCAAUGAACAACGUAACCCAGACAAUAUUGCUGAACAUUACCUGCGUAGCAAAGGGAAUGAGAGGAGAUAUUUUAUUGCAGCUAAAGAAGUCUGCUGGAACUAUGCAGGAUAUAAAAAAAGUACAAUCAUGACUGACAGUACCUGUAAAGAUGGCACCACGUACAAGGUGAUUUUCCAGAGCUAUACAGACAGUACCUUUACGACCCUUCAGGAUGAAUAUGAAUAUGGAGAACACCUUGGCAUCCUGGGACCAGUUAUCAGGGCUGAAGUGGAUGAUGUUAUACUGGUUCAUUUUAAGAACCUGGCAUCCAGACCUUAUACUCUUCAUGCUCAUGGACUCUUCUAUGAAAAAUCCUCUGAGGGAAGCAUUUAUGAUGAUGAAUCUACUUCUUGGUUUAAGGAAGAUGAAGCAGUUCAGCCAAAUAACAGCUACAUAUAUGUGUGGUACGCAAACAGGCGAUCGGGACCUGUGCAGCCAGGUGCAGCUUGUCGGUCCUGGAUCUACUACUCUGAUCUAAACCUGGAGAAAGAUAUAAAUUCUGGCUUGAUUGGGCCAAUACUGAUCUGUCAAAAAGGAACCUUCAGUAAAUCAAACAACAGCAGACCACCAAGUCGAGACUUUUUCUUGCUUUUUAUGGCCUUUGAUGAAGAGAAAAGCUGGUACUUUGACAAACGUUCUAGAAGCUCUUGUACUGAGAAGAACCAGAGAACACAGCAGUGCCACAAGUUCUAUGCCAUUAAUGGCAUUACCUACAAUUUGCAAGGCUUGAGGAUGUAUGAAGGUGAACUGGUUCGAUGGCACUUGUUAAAUAUGGGUGGACCAAAAGACAUUCAUGUUGUUCAUUUCCAUGGACAGACCUUCGUAGAACAAGGAAAGGCAAACUAUCAGCUUGGUACAUACACACUCCUUCCAGGCUCAUUUAGAACAAUUGAAAUGAAACCACAGAGACCUGGCUGGUGGCUUUUAGACACUGAAGUGGGGGAAUAUCAGCAAGCAGGAAUGCAAGCAUCCUAUUUGGUUAUACAGAAAGAGUGCAGGAGCCCAAUGGGUCUCGCAAGUGGAGUUAUCCUAGACUCGCAAAUCGAUGCUUCACAUCAUAUAGACUACUGGGAACCUAAGCUAGCCCGGUUAAACAACUCUGGAACGUACAAUGCUUGGAGCGCUACAAUGAAAACUGAAGAACCGCCUUGGAUUCAGGUGGACUUCCAAAGACAAGUUCUGUUAACUGGGAUACAGACACAGGGAGCUAAGCAGUUUUUGAAGUCUUUGUACGUCCAGAAGUUCUGUGUAGUUUAUAGCAAAGACAAAAGGAAGUGGAGCACCUUCAAAGGAGACAGCUCUCCAGCAUGUAAGGUUUUUGAAGGUAAUUCUGAUGCCUAUGGAAUAAAAGAGAACGUCAUUGACCCCCCUAUUAUUGCUAGGUAUGUCAGAGUUUACCCAACGGAGGUCUACAACAGGCCUACCCUUCGCAUGGAGCUUCUGGGCUGUGAAGUUGAUGGCUGUUCUUUGCCACUUGGAAUGGAAAAUGGAGAGAUCAAGAAUACCCAGAUAACAGCCUCAUCUGUUAAGACAUCCUGGUUUAACACAUGGGACCCUUCAUUUGCUCGUCUCAAUCAGAAAGGAAAGGUGAAUGCCUGGAGAGCCAAGUUGAACAACAACAAACAGUGGCUGCAAAUUGAUCUCCUCACAAUUAAGAAGAUAACUGCUAUUGCUACCCAGGGGGUCAAGUCCAUGACUGCUGAAAACUUUGUGAAAACCUAUGUUAUCCAAUACAGUGACCACGGCUCAGAGUGGAAAUCUUAUAUGGAUAAUUCAAGCUCAACAGCAAAGGUGUUCUUGGGUAAUGAAAACAGCAAUGGACAUGUCAAGCAUUUCUUUAACCCACCCAUCCUGUCCAGGUUUAUCCGCAUUGUUCCAAGAACAUGGCAUCAAGGUAUUGCCCUUCGGGUAGAACUCUACGGCUGUGAUUUUGGUGGGGGUCUGCCUGUGAAAAGGAGUGACAAGUCUGAGAGCUCUUAACCUUUCAGCAACCAUCAUGCAGGACAUCAAGUUUUACAAAACCCUUAAACAAGCAUUCUUAGUAGUUUGGCUGUGUGCUUCCUUGAAGGACUGUAAUGUUUUGUCAGCAAGUCUUGAGCAAGAUUUCUCUGGCAGAUGUUUCAUUCCUAUAAAUGCACACUUCAGAAAACAGCUUCAUUUCUCUUGAAAAAAAUAGCGGUCCCUUCUGACUUUAUUAUCACUUCUUCAUUCUAACCAGCACUUUGUCUUACUUCUUACUUAAUUUUAAGUCCUGAAUCCUAGUGAUGGAGAAUCUGGCCUUUAUCCUGAGCCCUGCUUAUCUCUGGUUUGUAAUGCUUCUGCAGCACAGAGGAGAAACAAAGCUACAGCAGGUAAAUGUUCUCCAUACACAGGGCUGAGAGGGAAAACCAAUGCAGGUAUGAAGCUGUGGUGCUGCACUCCAGCAGUUCCUCGGUAAGGAAUUAUUUUAUGGGUGGCCUUGCAUCCACUUGUCUUUAACCUACACUGAGAUAAAGGUAGAGCACAUCCCAGUGCUGAGCAUGUGCAAGCUGUUCUUGGAGAAUGUAGGUCUGCGUUACUGACUUGGUUCUUACGUGCCUAGUACACCUGAAACGCUGUAGAAUUUACAGAAUCCAUCUUUUGUGCCAUGGUAAAGGGAGGGGGGACCAGAACUAUCUUUCCCAGAAAGGAGAAGGGAAGUGAUUUAACCUCAGUUACAGCAGGUUGUGGAAUGGUAACAGAACCGAAGCGAGAAUCCAGAACUCCUAACGUUUGAUUCCAUAUGAACUUUCUUAGACCAUGGGGAGAGGGAGUUCCUUGGAAUAGUGAGACAUUGAGGACUACAGCUGCUCAGUGCAAAUACAACCUGGUGGUAUAGCAGAGGAGGGUUAGAUGCAAUUGGAUGAUAGAAACAUUUGCAUCUUCUUUACCAUUCAGCCCUGACAGUGUUUCAAUUAAGGGACACAGAGCAUACAUGAAUUUUUCACAGGAUGACUACAUCACACAGUCCAUCAACUCAUUCCAGCAGAGUUUUAGCUAAGUUUCCAGUAGUGAUUUUUGCUUCUAUGCUGUAAAUUGUUUAGCUGCAGAACUCCCACUUACCUCAUCAGAUACCAUUCAACAGGGUGGAUUAUUCAGAGUAGCCUUUGAACUUUGUAUGGUGUUAUGCAAGUUAUUUCAGUAGGUUUUCAGUUCUUGUAUCUUAUAGACCAUGCAUUUAGAAUCAUAGAAUCAACCAGGUUGGAAGAGACCUCCAAGAUCAUCCAGUCCAACCUAUCCCCCAGCCCUAUCCAGUCAAGUAGACCAUGGCACUAAGUGCCUCAUCCGGUCUUCUCUUGAACACCUCCAGGGAAGGUAUAGAGUGGGGUGAAAAAAAAAAGUAUAAAAAGUAAAGAAAUAUUUUCUGCCUUUUUUUUUUUACUAUGUCACAAAUUAUUGUCAUUUUUUUUUCACCCUAAAAUAAAGAUGAUAAUACAGCAUGAAAAA